AUGGCUUUCGCUUCCAUUCUCCAGCUCGCGCUCUGUUUCCUCUGCUUUAGUAUUUUCUCCUACAACCAUAUCAAGUCAAAGAGGAAGAACACUGCCAUCCCAGUGUGUUGGCCGUUGAUCGGCAUGCUCCCUGAUCUUUUAGCCAACCGCCACCGCAUCCACGACUGGAUCACCUCCUUGCUCACAGCCUCCCAGCUCAACUUCCGGUUUACCGGUCCACCGAGCUCCAACAUGCGGCUCUUCAUCACCUGCGACCCAGCCAAUGUCCGGCACGUCUUCACCUCCAACUUCUCCAACUACCCCAAGGGUCCAGACUUCACCGAGAUAUUUGACAUCUUCGGUGAUGGCAUCUUCAACGUUGAUGGUGAUUCAUGGCGCCGCCAACGAGCCAAGGCCCAGCUGCUCACGUGUAGGCCACGGUUCCGGGCCUUCGUGUCCCGGUGCAGCCGUGCCAAGGUGGAGAAAGCGCUGCUCCCGCUGCUCGCCCACUUCGCGGCAACGGGAGAGUCGUGCAACCUGCAAGACGUGUUCAUGAGGCUGACGUUUGACACCACGACCAUGGUGGUGUCCGGCGCCGACACGGGGUGCCUCGCGAUCAGCCUACCGGAGGUGGCCUUCGCGCGCGCGAUGGACGACGCGACGCGCGUGCUCCUCGUCCGCCACAUCUUCCCGCUGUCCUGGUGGAAGUUGGCGAGGAGGCUGGGCAUCGGAUACGAGCGCACCAUGGCGGAGGCGUUGCGCGCCUGCGACCACUUCGUCAACGAGACGAUCGAGAAACGGCGGGCGGAGAAAGCCAAGGGAGAGGCCGAUGGCUCGGCCGAUCUGCUCUCGUCCUACAUCAACGACGACGACGAGGAGGAGAACGCGAGCUCCUCCUUCCUCCGUGACACGACCAUGAACCUGAUUUCCGCCGGCCGAGACGCUUCCGCCAUGGCCCUCUCCUGGUUCUUCUACCUCCUCACCAAGAACCCAUGCGUGGUGUCCAAGAUCCUAGAGGAGCUCGACUCCGUCAACGGCAUCACCACCCCUGACGGCAUGGUGACCUUCGACCCGGACGAGCUCAGGCCACUCGUGUACUUGCACGCUGCACUGUCCGAAACACUCAGGCUGUACCCGCCCGUGCCGUUGGAGCACAAAGGCGUGCUUGCCGCCGACGCGCUGCCGAGCGGUCACGACGUGCGUCCCGGCGACAAGAUCGUGGUGUCGCUGUUCGCGAUGGCGAGGAUGGAGGCCGUGUGGGGUAGCGACUGCAGGAAGUUCAGGCCGGAGCGGUGGAUAUCGAAGGACGGCAAGCUGCGGUACGUACCGUCGUACAAGUUCAUGACCUUCAGCUCAGGGCCACGGACCUGCCUCGGCAAGGACAUGGCGUUCGUGCAGCUCAAGGCCGUGGCGGCGGCCGUGGUGAAGAACUUCGAGAUCGAGGCCAUGCCCGGCCAUGUCGUCGAGCCCGCACUCUCCAUCGUACUUCACAUGAAGAAUGGUCUCAUGGUCAGGGUUAAGAGAAGGCAUGUGCUUAACAACUAAUUAAUCCGCCAGAUGCAAGGCCCGGGUUCGUAGCCUGGGAGCACCUCAGUAUGAUAAAUGCUGAACUCCCGUUAAGCUGUCGAACUGUAAUCAGCUAGCAAUAAUAUGUUUUCUCACGAUGUCAUUUUCUUGUUUGCUGGGCGUGCUCAGUUGAGAACUAAAAGAUGAGUUUCCACUGCCUAGACAUGAACUUUAAACUAGUUAAUGUCUGUGCGCGUUUGGACGGUCUAGAUCACCCCAAGUUUAGACAACAA